AUGUAUUCAUGGAAACUUUCUUCGAAAUUCAAAUUUGGUAAGAAUAAAGAUAAAUCUUCCAGAGAUUCCUCUGAGUUGAGUCCUUCUCAAAACCAUAGUAGUAGUGCUAGUAAUUCGACGAAUAAUUCAAACAGCAAUAGCGUUUCCAACUCUCCUCAUAUAAACUCCCAUCAUCAAAAGACUAAUAGCAACGGAGGCAACUUCAAUUUCCACAACGAUAUGACAAACAGUAAUUCACAAAUGAAUAUGAAUAGUGGAGAUGAAGAUGAUAUCGAUAGAAAGGAAACCAUUGUUCAAGGAACAAUGGCUCCUGUUCGUCAUUCUCAAGACGCUUCAUCAUCCUCUACUGCUAGUGUAAGUGUUAGAAAUAGUACUCAUAGUGGUUUAAGUAGUAGUAAUACAAAUGUCACAAGUACUGCUAACACCACUGUUAAUGGGGGUAACAAUAAUAUAUCUACUGCCAAUGGUAACAUGAACAAUGAUUAUAAUGGUAAACCAUCUUCCAAUGAUAUAAAUAUCGAAGAACAAAAACAAUUGUUGAAGCAACAACAACAAAAGCAAGCAUCAAAUGAAAAUUCUCAAUUGAAUAACAGUCAUCCAAGUGGAUUCAAUAAUAAUACUGCAAGUUCAGGGAUGAUGACCAUUAAAGUGUAUGGUGGGUCUGGGUUUGUUUUACCUUUCCCUAUUACUUCAAAUCAGCAAAUCUUAUCCAAAUUGUUAGGUUCAGGUGUUUCUUCUCAACAUACGAGUAUGUCUAAAGAAGUAGAUGAUUUAAUAUCACAAAUAAAUCAUUUGAAUUUAACAUCAGAUUCAAAUAAUUCAGAUGAAAUAUUAAUUGAAGGUGACAUUUGUCCAAAAUAUAUCCCUUCGACAAUAAUGCUACCUGGUUCUGAAACUUUGAAUCCUUUGUUAUAUUUCACAAUAGAAUUCGAUAAUACUGUAGCCACUAUCGAACCAGAAUAUGGUACAAUGACUCAGCCAACUUUCAAUAAAAUUUCCACUUUUGAUGUCACUAGAAAAUUACCAUUUUUGAAAAUAGAUGUAUUCGCAAGAAUCCCAUCUAUUUUAUUACCUUCCAAAACUUGGCAAAUUGAAAUGUGUAAACAAAAUGAAAAUUUAAAAGAAUUAUUGGAAAAAGUUAAUUCAAAUCAAGAUAUUCAUUUGGAUUCUUGUUUAUUACCAAUAAAUUUAAAAAUAGAUUCUGCAGCCAACAUUAGAUUAUAUAAUCAUCAUUGGAUUACUCUAGAAAAAGGUUUAGGUAAGAUUAAUAUCUCUAUUGAUUAUAAACCAUCUAAAAAUAAACCUUUAUCCAUUGAAGAUUUUGAUUUAUUAAAAGUUAUCGGUAAAGGUUCAUUCGGUAAAGUCAUGCAGGUUCGUAAAAAGGACACUCAAAAAAUUUAUGCUUUAAAAGCUAUUAGAAAGGCUUAUAUCGUUUCCAAAUCAGAAGUCACUCAUACUCUGGCAGAAAGAACUGUAUUGGCAAGAGUAGAUUGUCCUUUCAUUGUCCCUCUAAAAUUCUCUUUCCAAUCUCCCGAAAAAUUAUACUUAGUCCUGGCUUGUAUUAAUGGUGGUGAAUUGUUUUAUCAUUUACAAAGAGAAGGUAGAUUUGAUUUAUCAAGAGCAAGAUUCUAUACUGCAGAAUUAUUAUGUGCAUUAGAAACUCUACAUAAAUUAGAUGUCAUUUACCGUGAUUUAAAACCUGAAAAUAUUCUAUUAGAUUAUCAAGGUCAUAUUGCCCUAUGUGAUUUCGGUCUUUGUAAAUUAAAUAUGAAGGAUAAAGACAAAACUGAUACUUUCUGUGGUACGCCAGAAUAUUUGGCCCCUGAAUUAUUAUUAGGUCAAGGCUAUUCAAAAGUAGUUGAUUGGUGGACUUUGGGGGUUCUUCUUUAUGAAAUGUUGACUGGGUUACCUCCUUAUUAUGACGAAGAUAUACCAAAGAUGUAUAAGAAGAUUUUGCAAGAACCAUUACGUUUCCCAGAUGGGUUUGAUAGAGAUGCUAAGGAUCUAUUAAUUGGCUUAUUAAGUCGUGAUCCAAAGAGAAGAUUAGGCUACAAUGGUGCUUCAGAAAUUAAAAGCCAUCCAUUUUUCAGCCAAUUGUCCUGGAAGAGAUUAAUGAUGAAAGGCUAUAUUCCACCUUACAAACCUCCUGUCAGUAGUGCUGCUGAUACAUCGAACUUUGAUCAAGAAUUUACAAGGGAGAAACCAAUCGAUAGUGUUGUCGAUGAAUACUUGAGUGAAAGUGUUCAAAAACAAUUCGGUGGUUGGACUUACGUUGGUAAUGAACAAUUAGGCAGCUCAAUGGUUCAAGGCAGAAGUAUUAGGUAG